AUGACUAUUGUUCAAAUCUCGAGUGGAGAUGGUGGUUUAUAUCUCGAAAGAGACUUCGAAGGAGACACCAUUCUAGACGAUUACUUGACCUGUCCGCCUGUUGCACGCCUUGUGAAUGUAUACGGUAUCAACCUACCUACAGAAGCUGGCUAUGCAUUUAGGAUACAGCAAGGGACCCUCGACAGUUGUUUAUUUACGAAAUACAAGCUGGACAAGGCCUUCAGGACAGACACCCACAAGUGUGUGGAUGGAACUCUGUAUGAAAACAAGCACACUGUGCAGAAACAGAGAGACGGGACACGAAAGUGCAGUGGAGAUGGCACCGUCACGUACCAGUCGUUGAGCUAUCCUUUGAACUGGGAGGACAAUGAAAAGACAACGGUGGAGAACCACGAGUUCGAAGACAUGGAACAUCGGGCCAUGCUAGCAGACCCUAGGUUACACGAGGUACUAAUCAAGCAUGUGUGCAAAAUGAGCGGCUAGAAGCACCAAAUAAAGUGACUAUACUGACG